UAAAUCACUCUACCGGGCGGGUUACAUAAGGCAAUUAGGCACAGGUCCAGAACAUUCCGACUCUCCCUGAGGCCCGGCCAUGGCGGUUCGUCUCGCGAGGUCAUUGGCUGCGUCAUCCUUGUCACGACGGUUGUAUUUCUCCCUCGGGAUUUGCAGCUCGGCGUCAGAUAUCACUUCAUUUGCGGUUAACGACGGCGAGUUUUCUAAGUUCGGUAGAGUUUUGGCCUGCUAUUCGUCCUCGUCCUCUUGGUGGUCGUCUUCCGAGGAUUUGACGGCGGGAUCGAAGAGGAGAGAGAAGAAGAGUACUGUCACUGACCGUUUCUCUUCCGUGAUUGACGCAGUCCAUGACCGGAAACUUCCGCCGGAGCUACGUGGCAGGCGCGAUUUUGUAAGGUCCAAGCGCAAUUCAAAUUCACUGUUUCCUUGGUUUUGCGGUGGAGUUUUUGUGAGGCAAUUCAGCUCAGAGACUAAGCGAGUUAACACCAAAGUCAAUUUCUCUCUGUCUGAUGAUGAUUCAGAUGAGGAAACUCCGGUAAUUGAAGAUUCUGGCAAGCCGGAGCUUCCACCUCCUUAUGACCCAUUCAGCAAGAAACCGGCGAUUGAGGAACCAGAAGAUGCUAAGAAUCUCCAAGCAAUAUUCCACAAGAUGAGAACAGAGGGUUUUACCAAUGAAGCUGUGAAGAUGUUUGAUGCGUUGUCUAAAGACGGGAGAACACAUGAGGCGCUCGAGCUCUUCUCUCAGAUCAAAGAUAAAAAUCAAAUGCCAGAGGUGGUGGCUCAUACUGCUAUCGUGGAGGCCUAUGCUAAUGCAGGCCAGGCCAAGGAGGCUCUCAAGGUUUUCAUGCGUAUGCUUUCCUGUGGCGUUUUGCCUAAUGCCUAUACAUAUACAGUAUUGAUUAAAGGGCUCGCAGCGGAUGGCAGAACACUUAAGGACGCGAAGAAGUACUUGUUGGAAAUGAUGGGAAUUGGCAUUAGCCCCAACGCUGCCACUUACACUCCAGUGUUCGAAGCUUUUGUAAAAGAGGAAAAAGAGGAUUCAGCUAGACAGUUGUUGCAAGAAAUGAAGGGAAAGGGUUUUGUGCCUGAUGAGAAAGCUGUGAGAGAGGCUCUUCAAUCUAAAAGAGGCCCAGUCUUUAGGACUGUCAUCAACCUUUUAUUUAAUAAGUAGUAGUAGCGUUGGUGAUGUAUCAAUAGGUAGAACAACUGGCUUAUAUGCGAUGCAUCGGAGUAUGUUGCUGAGUCUUUUGUUAUUUGGAUGUUGACACGAUCGCGCAGUAGCUUUGCUAUUUAUGGUUGGAUGCUAUAUUGCUAUGACAUUUUUUUUUUUGGUCAGAGAAAGCGUAAAAUUUGUUGUUUUUGUUCUUGUA